AAGGCGAUACCGCGCGAUUUCAACUGAUAUCUGAUAGUAGAUGGGCGUCCUGUUUAUCUGAUUGGGUCAAAGAUACUCAUCUGCUUUAUAGUCUUUGAUAUUCUUCUCAACGUUUGAAGUUUUGCUUUUCCUAACUGAUGGAGGAUGACUUACAACGUAAAGUCAUCAAACAACGUUUAAAGCAGUUUUAUGGAAGUAAUACAAACAACUCACUGGUUGAUCAGAAUGAUCCUUUAAAUAUUGACAGUCCAUCCUUCGACCCACAAUUGUACUUGGAUAAAAGUCUUAAGACUAAAGACCUUUCUGAUCUAAUAUCAGAAGAAAAGGCCCUAACCGAUCAGAUUCGCAGUCUGGAUUCCGACAUGCAAACACUAGUAUAUGACAACUACAGCAAAUUCAUUAGUGCAACCGACACCAUUAGAAUGAUGAAAUCUAAUUUCAGUUACGUCCAGGCCGAAAUGAAUUCAUUACUUCAAAAUAUUGCCUCCAUUGUUUCAGUUUCUGGUACGAUUAAUGGAAAUUUAGCUGAUAAGAGAAAGAAACUGGGUACACUGACAACUACCCAGUUGACUCUAAACAAACUAAACUACUUAGUUGAACUCCCAGUCAGCUUAAGGAAAUAUAUGAACAAGUGUGAUUGGGAUCAAAUUGUACUUGACCUUAAUAAAGCGAAAUACAUUUUAAAGAGUUAUCACAAUACUCCAUCUUUUAAGAAUAUUCGUGAGGACUGCGCUGAGAUAGUAUCGGAAAUUUGUUCGAAACUAUGGCGUCAAUUUGAUGAGUCUAGCGAUAUGGCUGAGUGUUCUAAUCGUCUAAAAAUUCUGCAGCAGCUUGGUUUCUCGAGACGAAAAUUGUCAAAAGCGAUAUUACGUUUGGCUAAACGUCAAGUAUCUCAACGUUUAGCUUAUAUUAAGACUUUGGUGUGUGAAGGAGACAAGCGAAGUGUUCAGAAAGAAGAAACCGUUGGUUCUGCUGAAAACAUUGCGAAUCCAUUUGUCCAAGAGUCUUCUUCUGAAGAAAUGGACGUAUUAUACUUCGCCAAUCUCAUAACGGAUUCUGUCCUCAUUAAGCUUUCUGAAUUUAUUGGACUACUGGCCGAUUUUUAUUUCACAAAGUCAGAUGAAAGUGAACUUAUCGAUACUAUUUUGGAUGUCAUUUCUGGUAAAACAGAAAAUAGUGCCUCAGAAAUCGAUGAUGGUUCUUUUGAGGAAAAUUUGUCAAAUUUGGUUGAAGAACUGAUGCAUGAAUUUUUUAUUUUGGUUCGAACUCGUUUUGAAUCGGAAAGCACAAAUAAUGAUGUCAAUUUGUUGAUAAGAGCUUUGGAUCGUAUUCACUGUCGAGUACAAACCUUUAAUCGGUCACUGUUAACAUCAGUUACUUCUGUAGAUUUUGAAGGUGUGCUAUUGGAUGAUUUAAGUCCUGAAUCGCUAUCUAUAGUGAAUCGAUUCUCUUUACUUACUAAUCAGUUUUCAAAGUCGGCUCUGGAAAUAAUUAAUCAAGUUGCUCGAAUGCAAACUACUUAUUACUUUGAUAUAUUAUGCCAAAAUGCAGUUGAAUCAUUUACGGAUCUCCGACAUAAACUGGCUAGUCAUGGAUUACAAACAUCGAAUUCAACUAAUGAAGAAGUCAACAAAGUGAACAAGAUUGGAAAUAACAAUCAUCAACUUUCAUCACUUUUAGAUGCUCUCAGUUCGUCACUUGUUUCACAGUUGCGCGAUGUACUAAAAGCGGAAGAGGCUUUCCUUAGUACUAAUAGUACAUUUUCUAGUAGACCACAAUUUCGUAAUUCAUUUUGCAUUGAUCAAAUUAGAGAAGGACUUAUCGUUGGUUACUUAAAUUUUCUUGUUCAAUUUCUUAGUGAUCUAGCUAAGACAGCUGUAUGCAAAAUUCCGGGUCCUAUUUUACUAACACUUGGAAAAUUAUGUUUAAUGUGGGCUGAUUCUGGUACAGUUGGACAUUUGAUUUCUCUGGCCGACGAUUUUAUACUUUUCGGCUCACAAACUAAAGAAUCAAAAAAGGAAGAUUUUAAUACAGAGAAUGGUAACAGAUCACUCACUACUCCAAAAGAUGUAUCAAAUCGUUUCAGGUCUACUGGUAACGAGCUUCUAGUUGCUUUUGUUCGCUUAGAAGGUACAAAUUUGGCACAACUGCUUCGCAAGAGUGUUGAAGCAAGGGAUUGGCUGAAAAAUUUGGAACCACGUACAGUUCGUUCUGCAGUUAAAAGAGUGAUAGAAGAUUUAGCAUCACUAGAUCAACAAGUCAGCCAGCUGUUUUCAUCAAAUACUCGUAAUCGUGAUCGUAUUUCUGAUUCACGUUCCAGUCGUAGUCUACGACCUAGCACUUCAUCACAUCUUAUAGACGCUACACGAACUGGAAGUUCAAGUCAAGGAUUUCAUUCUCCUGACUUAGAUCCAACUCUAGCUACUCAUUUACGCCGUUUAUUUACGCAAAGAGUUGAUAUUUUUACUGCAGUUGACGCGAAUCGGGAAUCACUACUUUUGGGUGUCAUUAAAAUAGGUUUAAAGACUUUGAUAGAGUGUGCACGUUUACAAACAUUUGGUCGUUACGGUCUACAACAAAUACAAGUUGAUUGCCGAUAUUUACAAAUUCAUUUGUGGCAUUUCGUAAAUGAUGAAAAGCUUAUUUGUAUGUUACUAGAAGAUGUGAUCUACAGUGUUGUUCAGCGUUGCGUUGAUCCAUGUUUCAUGGAAGAGAGUGUUGUCGAAGCGAUUUGUGAUCGAGCAUAAAGUUAAUUAAUUAUUGCUUAAUUCUUGAUAAUAACCAUUUUGUUCUCGAGUUGAAGAAGAAAAUAAUCAGUGCGUAACUUCUUUUUUUCGGUGAUAUUCUUUCAUCAAUGAUUGUGGGAUAUUUUCAUCCGUUUAUUAUUAUUAUUAUUAUUAUUA